GCGGAUUUAAGGUACGACAGUCUUCCCUGUAGCAUUGUGUGACACGGAACUCAUUUUGAUUCAGUGUUUCCAUAUCGGGAUGUUUCCAAGUUGCUCCAGAGAACAGACAAGCGUGCCCGUGCGACUUUGAAAGGGCAGCAAUGUUCAGAAGAUUGGUGUUAGUGGUUUCGCAGGGUCGAAAUACAAUUUUGUUUGCCGAAGAAGGCGGCUUAUUUUGUCCGACCACUCUUCCCAUUCACAGAGCUGCAGUCCCAGGGGGACAGAAGUCCCUGGGCACCAGUGUAGCUGUCCGCAGUGAAAUCAAAGAUGGCCCUGAGCUUCCCGAACAAGAGCAGAAGGAAGAUGGUGGAGAGAAAGACAAAUCAGGGAAGGAGAAUCUUUUGGAGCUCCUUGGGUCAAUGAAGGUCAAGGUCACCAGCAAGAAGAAGGUCUGGGACUCGAAGGUGAAACGCAAGGAGCCAAUGCCACGGCCAGCCCCGACAGAGAUGGAGAGCACCACAAGCAUGUUCCAGAAGGCCAUGGCUGAUUUACCACCACAAAGCGAGGAGAGCCUGAGCCCAGACCUGGUGGCAGCAGCUUCAGCUGCGGCUUCCUCCUUGCCUAAUCCUCAGAAGGCCAAGUCGGAGCUCUUGAAGCAGUUGAGGAGGCAUGAGGCCCUCCCUGAAGCCCAGAGAAAAGGGGAUGGGAACAGCAUUGGAAGCAUCAUAGCGGACAUGAAGGUGGGGAAACGGACUAACUUCAGACAGAAUGACAGGCCAGCCAAUCAGAUUCGCUUUGAUGAUGAUGGGCGAGGAUAUACCUACGACAGGAGUUUGACCAGUGAGUCUGAGGGUGCUGGCAGGAGGAAGGGCCUGUUUGGGGAGAAAAGACUCAACAUUUUCUCUCCAGUCAGUGAGAAGACUGAGCCUGAGUCUGCUGUGACUGUCCCCACACUCUCCCUUUGGGACCUGGAAUUAGCCAAUCAGAUCGCUUCGGCAACAAAUACCCUGCCCCGCAAUGGCUUUGAGGAGAUGAUCCAGUGGACCAAGGAUGGCAAGUUGUGGGAAUAUCCAAUCGACAACGAGGCCGGUCUAGAGGAGGAGGCCAGCGUGCCGUUCCACGAGCACAUCUUUCUGGAGAAGCACCUGGAGGAGGGGUUCCCCUCCCAGGGCCCCGUACGUCAUUUCAUGGAGCUGGUGGUGGUGGGCCUGUCGAAGAACCCCCACCUGACCGCGAGGGAGAAGGUGGAGCACAUCGCCUGGUUCCGCCAGUACUUCGAACAGAAGGAGGACGUCCUCAGAGAGGCCGAAGCCUAUCUCAACUGACCGGACAGGAGGCGGGUGUAGUCCUCUUCUGGUUUUCAUCACUGAAAGCGCCUUUUAAAUCGGAGCAGACCUACAUUCCCCAGUUCGCCACAGAACCAAAGUCCAGAGACGGGUAUCACCAAUCCUAGUUAAGUCUCCUUCUCCAACAGAGAGACAGACGCCUCAAAUGCAGUGAGUCAGUUGAGAAAUGGACCAGUGUGGUCUGUAAAGAUAAUGCAUACAUUUAAAUGUAAAUAUGGGUUUUCAGCGUCUGCAGUUGGCAUAAAUGUGAGCGGAACCACAGCAUUCACGAGGGGUUUAAUGGAAGAGCUACAGUUAAGCAGUGAAGCAGGCUUGCACUGUUCUGUGGAUGUGGUGGAUGUUAAGUGUUUAUAUUGUACAGUGAAUGAGUCUCAGAGCCUUAACUUGAUGUAUUUGUGAAUACCCACAACUUCUUUAAUUGUCCUUAAUUGCAUUACCUUGGCAUUGGGAUUAGGGUACGACUCAUUUGAAGAGCUGCUGUCUUGACCAAACAGAUUUUCAGUUCGAUGCACAGCAUCACGUGUACGUUACACAUCCAAGUCUCAUGUUACUGUGGUUGAUUAUGGUCGGAAAGAACAGUUAUUUUCGAUUAAGUGCAUCGUUAAAAGUGUUUCUUUUUGACUUCACAUUGUUUGCUUGGAAACAGGCAGUCAGUUUGCAAAAAAUAUUGUCAGCGAAAAAUAUUUGGCUCGCUUCUUACUGUUAAUUAUUUGGCUUUCAUUCCAUCACCUUUGUAUUGGGGGGGAGGGGGGUUUCCUCACAAACAAAGGUAGAAAAGGGAGAGGGACAAAACAAAUAUAUCUUUCUGUUCAAAGGGUAGCUGCCUAGAUUAUUGUAAAGAGCACAUAAGAAUGUGUUGCUGUACGGUAUAUUUGCAGACAGGAUAAUGGUUUUCCUGUACUAAUACCAAAAGGGGCCGUUCUGUCCAGGCCCUGUGUAAUUCACAGGAGCUGUUGCAAAAUGGGUUCAGCACAAGUUAAGUGUGUUCAAGUGUGUUCGGAUUUACCGUAAUGCGGCUUUUAACAGGAAAAAUCUGUAUUUUGUGAAAAAGAAAAUGCAUUUAACCAAGAGGCUGGAUUCAAAAUUAGAAAAAAAAAUAGGUUUGUGAUUCCAGACCUAAUAAAUGAAAUUCUGUUGGUUGCCAAAUUAAACCAUUUGUCUUUUUUCAAUGCCUCUUGGAAAGAAAAGAGUUGGAUAUUUUAGACCAGUUUUGUUUGUCUAAUUUUAAUUUUAAUAUAACGGACACAGCAGCACAUUGAAAAAAGAAAAAACGUGUCACAGUUUUGUAUUGGAUUUCUGGGAAAGUGAACAGUGGAUUAGGGGUUAUAGAAAGGCAAUACAACAAAAAAAAACUGAAUAGCUCAGUAUGUGAACAUUUAAUAGACUUGAUUUCCAUGUACUCCCCUAGCAUUGUAAAAUACUAAAUUGUCACUAAUAAAACUAGGCUUGUAGUAAUACAUUUUUGAAGGGGCUGAAAUCAUGUUUAAUUUUCUCCUCAUAUUGAGCAUGCUAACCCAAGAGUAUUUGUUCAAAAUGGGCAAAGCUGAAGAAAUACUGGCGGCAUCCUCAUAACUGAAGUAAAGAAAACUAAUUGAACAUUUAAUACUGGGUAAUCAAACCUCAUUGUGCCCAGUAACGCAGAUUGGACACAGGGUGGCGACGUUGUCCAGGAAGUAUAUAACAUCAGAAGCUGUAGAGCAGAAGUUUCUUGAUUCACGAUUGUUACAUACAUUUCCUGAAACUAUGCCAGAUCAAAACUUAAAACUCAAAACAGUCUACUGUUGCUGGAAAACUUACAAAAUCUCGCCCCUCAAAUUGAUAUUGCUUUCAUUUAUUACACACAGGUGUAACAAAUGAUGCACUAUUAUGGAAAUCAAGGUAAAAUCAGUGUGCUUUUGCUUUUAAAGUGUUGUAAUAAACAACUAAUGUACUACAGUGUGCUACUCGGAUAGAAGAAUACACGGUGAGAUUGUUUUUAUUGUUCUGUUGUUACAAAUUACAAUACUGUAGGCAGAAUGUGACAAAAAGAAACCAGAAAAAAAACUUCAAUGGUACUGGAAGACAAAAACAAAGAAUAAAACGCAUCAUUCAAGUUUCUGUCGGCUCUUGAUCAGGCCACAGGCUUAUUCACAUCACAGUUGAUGUUUUCCCUGGCCAAGCAGUGGCAGAAAUACCAUGUGACAUUUCCAUGCCUGGAAUAACUUCGCUGGUAUAGCCCCACGUGCCUACUGCAUUGUUUAAAGUAGGGGCACACUGUUGUGAGGGUUGGGGUUGUACACCUUCCAUCGCCAUGCUGAGAAAAACCUCACCUAUAAGGUUUAGGAAAGGUGAAUACGGAGAAAGAAAGAUGAAAAGACCUGGUUUUCAUUGAACCAGCUGUGGAUCAGAGCAGCCCUGUGGAAAUUCUUCUCCCAAAUGACAACGUACAUAGGCUGCGUUGAUCCGUGUUAGGUGGGGUGUGAUCAUUGCAGAAAGCAUCUAGUGUGGACUUUGUUGAUGGAAGACUUGGGCCAUGUCCAAAUCAGCGCACUUGCUUACUAUUGAGUAUACUUGUUGAGUACACUGUGCUGGAUAAGAAAGUUAUUAAAUAGGCAGAACUUUCUAGUGCACUUAAAAUUCAGUUCCAUUUUUGAGGCCAUUGUUUUAGGGAUGCUUAGCAUCUAUCCUGUUAAGUGUCUGUCUGCCCCUGUUGGACAGCACUGUUUCUCUAUGUCAAUGCAGUUUGUGAACAUAAUGUUGUCAUAAUUUGUUGAUACUGUUCCCCUUGUCACAUUAAAUAAUUUAGCAUUUUUGUGGCCAAUGCACGUGCAAUUCAAACACCCAACUAUUUGGCCUCAUUGGAACUCUGUUAAAUGCCUUCUGUUUCUGUUGAAACUCACAUUCUGUAUCAUGCUAACUGGCAAACUUGUUUAUAGCUGACACAUACUGAUAAUUGACAUUCAACUUAAUAUGCCUCACCCGUUUAGCUGCCUUUGUAAUUGUGAUUUAAUUAUUUCCAUUAAAAAAAUUAUGGAAAAUAUUAUUCCAUCCCCAAACUUGGACAUACUGAUAGUGCAGCUAGUUCCCUCUUUCCAUGUUCCUCUCAAACGCUACAACAUACACUUCCUUUGUCCUAACCCAGAUUAAUUUUUUUAAGUUCUUUUAUUUGUACUAAAGCUCCUUAAUUCUAAUUGAAUACUUGAAUAAAUAAAGCAAUUGGUGUCUGCCCUGUGA